AAUUCGAUGUCAUUGUGCCGAAUAAAUGUUUCAACAGAAAUUCAUCCAAGGCAUUUUUCAAAAAAAAAAAAAUUGAGCAUUUAUCAUUAGUACAUAGUUUUUCAGCUCAAAUUAUGGAAUCGAAUCGACGAUCAACCGGAUACAAUGUCGAUUUGAAAAUUCCCUUUCCAACCCGAAGACAAGCAGAAAUUGCUUAUGACGUACUGAGAAUUGACCCAGAACCAAAACGAAGUGCAGUUACCAAGCAAUUGAAAUUAGUUUCGAAUGAUAUCAUAGCAACAUUCUCAGCCCAACAAGCGAAACACGUACGUGUUGGUGUAAAUGCGUUUCUUGAUGCCAUCAUUUUAUGUACUGAAACUUUGCAUCAAUUCGGGCCACCAGCCGUCAGCUACGAUUACGAGUAGCAAACAUUUUGGCAAUUAAGU